UUCAUUCACUUUUGGAGACCGCCCGCGUGCCUGGAUGGAUGGAGGCGCGCGCGCAGCCUGUGGACGCGCGCGGACUCCAGCUGCGCGCCGCGGCUCUGGAACGCGCUGCAACCAACAGGCUCAGUGUCGCGCGGACUCUAGCAAGUUUGAGACAAACUGCAAGUUAAUCUGCUUUCAUCUAAGAAAAAGGUUCAUCAUGGGAAACAGGCUGAGCAGAAGGCGAUAUGCUCCGGCUGAAACUGCAGCCGCUGAGCACAAGCCCUCAGUGGAGCAGGCGUCUUCAAAAGCAGCCGAGGACUCUGCCCAGGCGCAAACUCAGGAGAUCGACCAACCAGGGAGCCGAGGGCCCCCGGAAGAGCCAGAAAGGUCAGACGCCUGUUUAACCGAAGAGAAGGAAUGUGAAGAAGUAGAGACCCCCACUCUAGCAGUUCAUGACACUUUAAUGGAGCCUCAAGAAUUGACCGAACCAAACCCUGUUGCUGAAGUUCAUCCUGCUCCAGAACCUGUCCCGGAUCCCUCCUUUUUAGAAACAGAUCCUGAAGAAAGCUCUGAACCAAGCCCAGAGACGGAACCAAGCCCAACUGAAACUCUGGAGGAGGCAGACCUGGUAACUCAAGAACUUCUCCCAGAGUCACCUUCUCCACUCACUCUGAUUGUUCCUGAUGUCACUCCAAUACCAGUUCUCACUCUGAGUGGACCAUCAGAAGCCUCAGCAGGUCAAGGAACUGACGGGGAAGCUACCGCUGUGGAGCUUUUCCCAGCGGAGCCAGAAGCAUCCACGGAAAUGUCCGAAUUUCUGGAUGAGCUGACAAAGGUGGAGGCUGCAGAGAGCAUGGGGACUCUUGGAAGUGAUGUCAUUGAGAGUGUCGGUGAAAUCCUCAAAAAUUCAGAGCUGAAAGGAAAUGACCUCCUUAAUGAUCUCAUUCCUGGUGAUGUCAACAUCUACGAUGACACUCCCAUCAGCGGCCAGCUGAUCUGAACCAUUGGAGAACUCAAGACAGAAGAGAGGGAGCAUUUCCUGUGAAACCUCAGCCUGAGGUCAAACCUCAGUCACCUGAAGUGCCGGAAAGAAGACAAAGAUUUCCCAGGUACCAGGAUGCAGACAGGACAAAAACAAGAGGCUUUUUAUCAGACUUUUGAAACAAACCCAAUAUUUAAACACGUUUUUUCUUUGUAUGCAGCAUGCAUGGUUUCACAAAAAGAAAAGAAUAAGAAAAAAAAAGUCCUACCAAAAAUGAAACUAGUAUGUUUUUACAUUUGAAUAUUCAUGAAGACAAUGUGCCAAGAGGUAUGCACAACAUAAACCUACUAAUGUUUAUUUUGCAGAAUUACUCAGAGGGAAAUUCUUGUUAUUUUUUAUCAAUUAGUGGCUUGCUUGUGAAAAUAAAAAUUGCUAUAAUACGU